AAAGCCAGCAAAUCCGGGAACUUUUAAAGCAUUGCCCGCCUAUUUCGAUCAAAUUGUUUCUUCUCAGGAUGAGUAGACCUAAGAGAUCAAAGAAACCUACAACCUACUUUGGAUACAGAGGAUCAGAUGAGGAUGACGAUUUUGCUACUAGUCCACCAAAGAAAACGAAACCAAUGUCGGAUAGUGAUGAAAAUGGCAUCAAAUGUCUGACAGAGCCAUCAGAGGCAACUGUCAAUAGCAGAAAUACUAAAACCAGCAGACCGUCACGUGAUGAGAGACUCUUCCAGAAGGACAUAGACGUUGCAAUACAGAAGUCUGCAGGUCCUCCGUGUAUUGAGAAUCACGUGACUUCUGAUAGCAAGUGUUCUGAUGAUAAUGAUGCAAGUCAUUUGAGUGAUAAAGAGAAUGUUCAAGCAGUGAGCAGGGAGGCUGGUGAUUUAUCUGAUAAAGUAGAUUCCGGUAAGCAGAGAGAAUUGACUGUUGAGAGAGACUGUGAGAAACGAGAUAAGCGAAAGACUAAAAGUCGACGUCUUGAGAGUGAGUCUAAUGGAGAUGAAAGUGACUGUCAUACUGAUGAAAAUAAUGAUGCUGAAUAUCAAGCCUCAUUGUCAUCCGAACCCGAUGUCGAAGAUGACGACGACGAUGACAUAUUCAGCAGUGAUAGUGACAACAGCUUCAAUACAGGAUCCAAACGAAAGAAGGAAACAAAAAGCAAUGCCACAAAAGUGAAAAAGGACAACAAAAAAUCAACAGGACGAGGACAAGGAAAGGGAAAACCCACACAUGGAAAGGCAUCUAAACCAGCACAUGCUCCUUCAGAAACAGUGAGACCACAAUCGCGUGUGAAGAAUGAAGUCGGCAAACCCUCAUCAAAACAAAAGGGAGCUUCGAUCACACGACCAUCUGGGAAAUUGAAAUCGGAGUCACAACGUUCGGUAUCUAAUUCAUCGACUUUGAGUAUGACGUUGUCUACUGUUAGGCGACCCGCUUGUGUGCCACCGACGAAGAAUGGUCAGAAUAAUCUCGGUGGGGUGAAGAUCACGUCACCUUGCUCGUCAAUAAGACUCGGACUUUCGCGUAAUAUCAGAGUAGGGCAACCCCUGCAUCCGACUGCCAGACGACCACCUUUGUGUUGAUGCACUGGCUUGUGUUGUAGUUGAUGAUAUGUGAAAAUGUUUACUAUGGUUUAACUCUAAUCCAUUGAUUUAGUCUGCUGACGGUUUUGUGUUUCCUUUUUAUCAGGGCAAGUGGCAGGGUUCUAGCUAGGUUGCAGCCCAAUCGUCACACAGGCCACAUUA